CGCCCCGCCACGAGAACGGCGGUGUCCCGACGGGACAGGCCAAAGACACAGCUCACGCCGCCAAGAUGGACAACGGAGCCGCGGAGAAGAAGUCCCAAACUCCUGCAAGCAAAACGCCCGCCAGAGCUCAGCCAGAUGCUGCAAGCGGCCAGAGCAGUCCCGGCACGCCCAAGUCUCCCUCCAGCCAAGCACUCGGAGGCAAGUCGGCAGGCGACGCCCACAAGGUGAGGAAGGUGGCGGUGGUGCGGAGUUCCCCGAAGUCACCCGGUUCCCUGAAGACCGCCGCCCCUCUGGCCUCCGCCCCACCCAUGCCUGACCUCAAGACGGUCAAGUCCAAGAUCGGAUCCACUGGGAACCUCAAGCACCAGCCGGGCGGCGGCAAGGUGCAGAUCCUGGACCAGAAGGUGGACUACAGCAACGUCCAGUCUAAGUGCGGCUCCAAAGCCAACAUCAAACACGUGCCCGGUGGCGGCAAUGUUCAAAUCCUGGACAAGAAAAUGGACCUGUCGGCCGUCCAAUCCCGCUGCGGCUCCAAAGACAACCUCAAGCACACGCCAGGCGGCGGGAAGGUCCAAAUUGUCCACAAAAAAGUGGACCUGAGCAGCGUUUCGUCCAAGUGCGGCUCCAAAGAUAACAUCCGCCACAAACCAGGCGGCGGCAACGUGGAGAUCAAAAACGAGAAGCUGGAGUUCAGAGUUCAGUCCAAGGUGGGCUCACUUGGCAACAUCAGUCACGUGCCAGGAGGCGGCCAGAAAAAGAUCGAGAGCCACAAGCUGAACUUCCGUGAGGGCGCCAGGGCGCGCACGGACCACGGCGCCGAGAUCAUCUCCCUGGAGGACUCGCCCACUCAAGAGCUCAGCACCGUGUCGUCGUCCGGCAGCCUCAACAUGGCCGAGCCGCCCCAGCUGUCCACGUUGGCCGACCGGGUCAGCGCCUCGCUGGCCCGGCAGGGACUGUGAGCCGCGGCCAUUCCCUCCAUCGACACCCUCCCCACCCCCUACCCCGCUCAUCCCGCUGCGUCGCCCUACACGUCCUUUUUCUCACCGGACUUUUUGUAACCGCCGUCAUGUUUCGACAGUAAUUCAUUCAAUGAGAGCAGGGGUGUCAAACGCAUUUGAGCUGGCGGGCCACAUUCACCCCAAUCUGAUCUCAAAUGGAUCGGGAAAGGACAUUUAGAAGUGAGACAUAAAGUCCAAAUCUUAUAUUGCAAGUAGACAAAAAAAAGCCUUACUGAAGCUGUUGACGGCUCUUCAGAUAUUUCUAAGGAGGGUUUCCUUUUCAUAUAAAUGCGGCCCCUUUUUGCUAUGAGGUGGGCUUUCUUUGCUGGCCAAACUUCGCCGGGGCAUCCUUCAGGAGCAGGCGUCAAAUCCUACUGGACAGCCCAGUUCACAAUGUCAUUUCAGUGGUUACCAAUGCGCCCUCUAGCGGGCGAAAUUAGCAACUGUCAUUACUUUGAAAAACGGCAGUGUGAAGGUGUUCUCUUUCUCCACAUAUCCCGAUCGGACCUCCGUCAGGCCCGCGGGCCUUAUACGUUUGAAACCCCUGCAUUAGAGCCUUUCCCCCUUGGGUGUUUUCAAUGGAAAGUUCCGCAUUCCAUUGCGGGUGCUACAGGGUUGCCAUGACUGCUGACGCUGCGUUCAAGUCAGUUUAGCUUCUUCCUUUGUGGCCAUUUUGAUUGAGGCUUUCCGCUCUCCCGCUCAUCACUUCCUUGACCUCGUUUGAGA